CCUCGCAUUCGGUCUUCAACGCCUUCGCCAUGGCUCAUCGCAUUGUGACUCAAGUUAUCGUCACCGGAGCGCGGGUUUUCGGCCGCGCCUUCGCCGAGGCCUACAAGCAAGCCCAGGCUUCCGGAAAACACAACGCCGUGAAGAAGGCCGCUGGUGUCACUGGCGGCAGCAUCGCUCUCGAUGAGGCUUGCAAGAUUCUCAACGUCAAGCCCCCUGUCGCCGGCGAAGCCAACAACGUUGAGCAUGUUAUGGAACGAUUCAAGAAGCUUUUCGACCUGAACGAUCCCCAGAAGGGUGGCAGCUUCUACCUACAGAGCAAGAUUCUGCGAGCACGCGAACGGAUAGAAAUGGAGAUUCGCCAAAGCGAACGCCAGGCUGCGGAGGAGAAGGAACUGCGUGAGGGCUGGAAUCCCAAGCUCUACAAGGAUCGGUGAAGCUAACGCGCCUGACAGCGCGAUCCGGAUCAUCGUGACCUCGCAAAUCCUAUGCGACCUCCCCUCCCCGCGUUUGCGUCGACGUCCGAGCAUUUAAUUUCGCAUCGCCCUCGAAAAGAACUCCGGAUUUCCGCUCGACUUUCUUGAUUUGGCAUAGCAUGGCGUUUGGGUUAUUACGGGAGAGAACGUGGUUGAUUUGUUCUCUCCCUGAUUAGACUGGGGGAUCUGAUUCCUGGGCUUCUGUCCCUUGUGGAAGGGUUCUCCAACUGCAUUGGAAUCGGUCCCUCUGGCCUUCGGGUCUUGUGUAUACAUACCAUCACCCUUUCUUUUUACCUUGUCGACCUAUUCUCCACUCUGACUUGGAAACCAUCAUGUACCAUAACUGUAUACUUGCACAUGCGGAAUGUUCUUCCCAUUUGAAUCGAUCACUAUUGCCAGUA